GCCCCCAAAUCACCGUUUUUCCGCCCCGUUUUGGCAGAUCACCAAAGUGAAAUACGUGGACAAAAUCCACAUUGGGCACUUUGAGAUCGACGCCUGGUAUUUCUCCCCUUUCCCCGAGGAUUAUGGGAAGCAGCCCAAGCUGUGGAUCUGCGAGUAUUGCCUCAAGUACAUGAAGUACGAGCGCACCUACCGCCUGCACCUGGGUCAGUGCCAAUGGAGGCAGCCGCCGGGACGCGAGAUCUACCGCAAGAGCAACAUCUCUGUGUACGAGGUGGACGGCAAAGACCACAAGAUCUACUGCCAGAACCUGUGCCUGCUGGCCAAGCUGUUCCUGGACCACAAGACGCUGUACUUCGACGUGGAGCCCUUCGUCUUCUACCUGCUGACCGAGGUGGACCGCCAGGGGGCGCACAUUGUGGGCUACUUCUCCAAGGAGAAGGAGUCCCCAGAUGGGAACAACGUCGCCUGCAUCCUGACGCUGCCGCCCUACCAGCGCCGCGGAUACGGGAAGUUCCUCAUUGCCUUCAGUUACGAGCUGUCCAAGCUGGAGAGCACCGUGGGAUCCCCCGAGAAGCCGCUGUCAGACCUGGGGAAGCUGAGCUACCGCAGCUACUGGUCCUGGGUGCUGCUGGAGAUCCUGAGGGACUUCCGGGGCACCCUGUCCAUCAAGGACCUCAGGUACACCAGUAUGGGACCAGUAACACCAGUAUGGGACCAGUAUGGGA